AUGAAUUAUUCAUAUACGGUAUUUGAUAGCAUUUCUAAUCGCGUAAUUCAAGCAGAAAAUGCUUCAAAAUCAAAUCUAUAUAAUCAUCUAUUGGAAAUAUGUAUUACAAAGCAUACUUUAUGUAAUAAAACAUACUAUUUGAAAAUAUCGGCUUUCUUGAAGACGUCAAAUUUUUCGCAAUUUUGUUUGAAUAAUUCAGUAUUUCAUGUCGCUAUUGAAAAUAUUCUUAAAGAAAUUUUAAUUUUAAUAAAUUUCACCUACUUUCCUCCAGAUAAGGAUUUUUACGAAGAAAUCUGGUCUUUCACCGAAACUAUUGGUUUAUUCCAUAAAGUGUAA